AUGACUACUAAAAGCGAAGUGGACAAAAAAUUUGGAUGGUAUGCUUUUCCAUAUGAUUUCAACUGCAUUGGAAACCUUUCUUUUAUUCAAAAUCCUCCUCCUGUUGACGGACAAGGAAUUAACUCGUAUAUGGAAAAUGUUAGCUCGAUAUUGACAGUUCCCGCGGAUAAUACCAGUGUCACCUGCAUAUACGCAAAAGACAAGCCCACGCGCUACUCGGGAGAUUCCCCAAAAUGCUUCAACAUGUUAAACAGCGAAAACGAUGUUGAUGUUAGCAUGAACGAUUCUUCCCAUGUACUCGACGUGAACAAUCCGUUUCCAUUGUGGACGAGCGAAAAUUUUCAUAUAUUACCCCACAGACCACGUGUUCGUAUUUAA